AUAUUGAUUUCUAUAGAGUACUCAGUACCGCGUGCAAUAUUCGUUCGGCGAGUCCCGGGAAACUAAACAGAAUGGAUAAACAUAAAGACGAAGAACUAAAAAGCACCGAUACCGAUACGAAAACUAAUAUCGCGAUCGAUGCCAUGGAUCUGGUCAAUAUCACGUUCCGUUCUCUCGAACUGAGGGAGGCCAGACCGCAGGAAAGUAAUUUCUUCGAUUUGGAGAAACAAAAUGUUGCGAUAGAGAGGGACGAAGCUGAGAAACAGUCCAGGAGGGCAAGGCACAGCCUGGGCGAGAUCAAAUCGUCCAGCAAAGAGGAGACGAAGAAACUGAAGACGAUCAAUUUGGACGAAGUUUCGUGGCACGAUACAGCAGACAAUUGUUGGGUCGUGAUACACGAUUUCGUUUACGACGUGACGGAUUUCGUGGAGAGCCAUCCUGGUGGAUCGGACGUGAUCCUGGAAUAUGCUGGCAGGGACGCGACUUUGCCAUUCAUCGGCACCGGGCACUCGUCCAUGGCCAGAGCGGGUUUGGACAGAUAUCUGAUCGGCGAGCUUCCGCGGGAGGAAAGGAUCUUUCGUGUGUCGAAUGGCAUAAGAAUUUCCGAAUUUUAAGUUUGUCACGUGACAAAUGUGCCUUUCGAGUGACUGUAAAUUAGUGUAAAAGAUCGAUGAGAGCUUUGAAGUGGACCUCGCAGGUGUUAUCUAUUCUCGAAUGGAAAGUGUGCAAAGUUUAUGGUCGAGAAUCUUUAGAUUCAUAACUUAUAUAACGAGGAUUACGAAAUCGAGGCUUCUUUAUAAUAGUUCAAUCUAAUCACGGUACGAACCGUGUUAUCCUGCCGUCCCUUUACACAACAUGAAUAUAUUAACUGUAUUACAAGUAUUUUUUAUGAUAGUUUAAUGGUAGUAGUUCUGGGAUAGUUUUGCAUAAACAAAAAGAGGAAAGUUUUAUAAAUCCUAAUAUUUCUGUGACAAGAGUACCACAAUUAUUCUAUUGAUUUUAUGCAUGCAUAGGGAAAUCGAGUGUGCAAAGUAUAAAAUUAUAUGGAAUUUCAAAAGACGUGUAAAAUGCAUUGUUAAUGAUUUAUGCAUGAAAGCGACAGUCUAGCCAUAAUAACUGUUUCAUAUUUUAUACGCUGACUGUUAUACUCCAAACUCGAUUAAUAUAAUCGAAGCAUCAAUUUGUACUCUAUAGACUGGUUGACGACAAGAUAUCGUGUAUUAUGUAUCUCACGUUUUAAUGAGACAAAAAUAGGAAACCCCGAUAACAUUGUAAGAGAAUUUACUUCUAAAAGUGGUCGUCUUAUCUUAAACUGUAAAUCGAAACAUGUGUGGAAUAUAAAUUACAUUGAAGAUGCGAAAGGAA